UUUUCCUUUUUGAUCCAUUCAAAAAUUACUCAUUGCAAAUUCCCGGACUGCUGGGAGCGGAGAAGGAAGGGGGCGGAGGAGAGAGGGCUGCUGCGGGCGCCGAGCAGGGGGCACCCGGGGCCCGAGUGGCGGCCGGCCGGCCGGGCAGAAAGCAGCUCGCAGUUUUGGCUCCGGUGGCCUCACCAGGAAGCGUCAGUCUCGACACCAGGGAACCUCCGAGCGCCGCCUGCGCCGCCGCCUGCGCCCGGCUCCGGGUCCCCGAGCCCCCCUCCCCUGCCCCGGGCCGGCCCUCCGCCCUCCCGGGCCCUCCGGCUCGGGUGCCUUCCCGGGCGAUGGCUGGCCGCUGAGCAUGGCUCAAUACGGCCACCCCAGCCCAUUCGGCAUGGCUGCGAGAGAGGAGCUGUACAGCAAAGUCACCCCGCGGAGGAACCGCCAGCAGCGCCCCGGGACCAUCAAGCAUGGAUCGGCGCUGGACGUGCUGCUGUCCAUGGGCUUCCCCAGAGCCCGCGCACAAAAAGCCUUGGCAUCCACCGGAGGAAGAAGCGUUCAGGCAGCAUGUGACUGGUUGUUCUCCCACGUCGGCGACCCCUUCCUGGAUGACCCCCUGCCCCGGGAGUACGUCCUCUACCUCCGCCCCACCGGCCCCUUAGCGCAGAAGCUCUCCGACUUCUGGCAGCAGUCGAAGCAGAUCUGCGGCAAGAACAAGGCGCACAACAUCUUCCCCCACAUCACCCUCUGCCAGUUCUUCAUGUGUGAGGACAGCAAGGUGGACGCCCUGGGGGAGGCCCUGCAGACCACCGUCAGCCGCUGGAAAUGCAAGUUCUCAGCCCCACUGCCCCUGGAGCUCUACACCUCCUCCAACUUCAUCGGCCUCUUCGUGAAGGAAGACAGUGCAGAGGUCCUCAAGAAGUUUGCUGCCGACUUCGCAGCAGAAGCUGCCUCCAAAACUGAAGUGCACGUGGAACCCCACAAAAAGCAGCUGCACGUGACCCUGGCUUACCACUUCCAAGCCAGCCACCUGCCCACCCUGGAGAAGCUCGCCCAGAACAUCGACGUCAAACUCGGGUGUGACUGGGUGGCCACCAUAUUCUCCCGGGAUAUCCGAUUUGCUAACCACGAGACAUUACAGGUGAUCUACCCAUACACCCCACAGAACGACGACGAGCUGGAGCUGGUCCCCGGGGACUUCAUCUUCAUGUCGCCCAUGGAGCAGACCAGCACCAGCGAGGGCUGGAUCUAUGGCACGUCCCUGACCACGGGCUGCUCCGGACUCCUGCCGGAGAACUACAUCACCAAGGCUGACGAGUGCAGCACCUGGAUCUUUCACGGCUCUUACUCCAUCUUAAACACAUCCUCUUCCAACGCGCUCUCGUUUGGGGACGGCAUCCUGGAGAGGCGGCAGUAUGAGGACCAGGGCCUGGGGGACUCGACGCCCCUCACCAUCAUCUGCCAGCCCACCCAGCCUCUGAGGAUCAGCAGCCAGCCUGGCCCUCAGAAGAGAUGCCUCUUCGUGUGUCGGCAUGGUGAGAGGAUGGAUGUCGUGUUUGGGAAGUACUGGCUGUCCCAGUGCUUCGAUGCCAAAGGCCGCUACAUACGCACCAACCUGAACAUGCCUCACAGCUUACCUCAGCGGAGCGGCGGUUUCCGGGAUUACGAGAAAGACGCUCCAAUCACAGUGUUUGGAUGUAUGCAAGCCAGACUCGUGGGGGAAGCCUUACUGGAGAGUAACACCAUCAUCGACCACGUCUAUUGCUCCCCAUCUCUGCGCUGCGUCCAGACUGCAUACAACAUCUUGAAAGGUUUACAACAGGAAAAUCACUUGAAGAUCCGAGUGGAGCCUGGCUUAUUUGAGUGGACAAAAUGGGUUGCUGGGAACACCUUACCUGCGUGGAUACCUCCAUCAGAGCUAGCCGCAGCCAACCUGAGUGUUGAUACAACCUACAGACCUCACAUUCCAGUCAGCAAAUUAGUGGUUUCAGAAUCCUAUGACACCUAUAUCAGUAGAAGUUUCCAAGUAACAAAGGAAAUCAUAAGUGAAUGUAAAAGUAAAGGAAAUAACAUCCUGAUUGUGGCUCACGCAUCUUCUCUGGAAGCAUGUACCUGCCAACUACAAGGCCUGUCACCUCAGAACUCCAAGGACUUCGUACAGAUGGUCCGAAAGAUCCCCUACUUGGGAUUUUGUUCCUGUGAAGAAUUAGGAGAAACUGGAAUCUGGCAGCUGACAGACCCACCAAUCCUCCCUCUGACCCAUGGACCAACCGGGGGCUUCAACUGGAGAGAGACCCUGCUACAAGAGUAACCGGGCGAGCAAAUGAGAAGAAAAGGCUUGAGGAAGGCGUGGGGAGAAGUGUCUCUGUGUUUAGUACCAGUGGGGAAGCCUGCACCACAUCCUAAGUGGACAAAGAAUAGUUUAGCAUCUUUCAGGCUUUAAAGUUCUUAGGGUGAGACUGUGUCAAGAAGAGAAAGACUUGAUUCAGGGAUAAAAUUCAUUCUCUCUGGACCCUUUUGAGAAUUGUCUUCCUACAUCAGGGCACCUGCUACCACGGAGGGUAUUUUCUCGCUUCUGUAUGUGCUGGCUAAGGAGCCUGGGUCCUCCCAGAGGGAGCCGCCAGCCCACCGUGAGGAAGGAUGCAGGAAGGUCCAGCUGGAGGGACUCCAAGCUGCCAGGCUGGGGAUGGGAUUUUCUUCUAGACUCCGUGCUCCAGUGAAAGCCAAGCUGCAGGAUUCCUUUAAGGUUACUAGAAAACAUGUGGCUUACCAUCAAUUUCAAUGCUCAGUGCGACCCACACACUAGUGCUGCUGACUCAAGACAUCUGCUCGGGGACCCUAACCUUUACGCUGGCACCACCCCAUCACAUUUUCUCUACAGCUGACUGCAGCUUCUUGCUACGGUCCUACCCUCUUGCUUCUAUCUGUGAAAUGGAGAGAUAAAGCAUUUUUGCUCUCCAGAGCACUUUUGGAUACUCAGGAGGAAGAGAAGAUGCACGUGUGAAGCAUUCAAUUGUAGGCACAACAAACUUGCAAAACAGCAAGUGACCUGGAGUGACUCAUGUUGUAGCCUAACGGGCCACAGCACUUCUGAAUCAUUUGCGAUUUGCUCGCCUUUGCCCCAAGAGUCUAGACCAUGUUAACCAGUUAAGGAUGUUGACAUUUUCAAAAGAUGUAUGUCAGAUACAUCCUCUGAGUCAGCAAGAAGCUCAUUCUUGUGCAAUAUGGACAUCUUUCCAAACCAUACCAAGGGUCAGUUCAUCACACAGUUGCAGUACAUGUCAACCAGAACAGAACAUCCACAAACGCAUCCAUCACAGCCAGGGAUGUGCUGCGAAGUCAGGGAACGAACUUAAGUGAUGACAGUCACGACCGCACUGUUGACUGUGCUGUCGUGGUGGUUUGUUUGUUUUGCUGUGAUAAUUUAAAAUAGGUAGGCAGGGCUACUUGAGGAAGGUUGGGAGAGCCACAUCCUGUGGUAGCUCGUCACACCUGCUUCCUGAAUUUAGAGGGAGUUUAUUUAAAAGAAAAAUAAAUGACAAUCAAACCAAAACAUCAGUUAUUGAUGUCUAGUUAAUUGUGUGACUAGCUGACUGUUGAUGGUAGCAGACAGUAGUUCUGGGACAGUGUAGUUCAUGCUAGGAUAUACCUGCAAAAUGAAAUCCCAGCCAUUUGAUGAGAACAUUCAUGUAAAACAGGAUCAAUGUAUACCGUAGCAUUAAAUAAGCUUCAAAACCCAAAUGCAGAAAACACAUGGUAUAUAAAAACAGAUCUGUGCUCCUAUUUGAAACCAGAAUUUGAUGAUCCUUGAAAAUAGGAGGAAGUGAAAGGAUGCUGGCUACAUAUAUUAAUCAGCAAGAGGAUCACUGUUGGGUUUAAGUCACUUAGAGAAAGAUGUCACGAAUUUUAUAUUUUAAGAAACAAAUCUUGAUUUCUUCCAUCACUGUACACUGAUCCAUCUUCUGGAUCUAGAAGUAACUCUGCUGACAUGAUUGAUUAAAAGUUUUCAGCUCAAAAUGGGGGAAGUACAUUAAAGGUGUUUAGAGAAAAGUCACAUUAUGGCCAGUGUAAUGCCACUGCCAGUCAUUCUUUUAUUUGUAAUGAGGUGAAUCCACCAUCACCAGAUCUAUAAUGUUUAUUAGAUUCUCCACAAAUUUUCAUGGACUUUCAGUGCUCAGAAUAAAGCUUGAACAUCUCAUAUCCGAUUUCCUUGAAAAGUGUAGCAGUGUGUGCUGGGCAGGGUCUGUACUUGUAGAGAAGAAAGUUCAGAACUUACCCUCUCUCUCCCUCUCUGUGGACUUAGGCCUUUGAUGACCCAUAGGUUGGUUUAGGUGGGCUGCAGUCCUAUGUGUGAGCAAAGGCAAGCAGAGAUCUGAAAUAAUUUUCUGAAUAAUUUUAGGUGGAAACCCUUGAGUAAAAGAGUUAAUUCCUCUGAUUACCCAGAUUGUUGAUCAGAAUGGCCUGAAUGAUCUCAAUUCGCAUGAAAUUCUCCUUUUCCACAUUUACCUACUUGAAAAACUAAACUCAGACGACCCCAUUUGAGAAAUUCUUUGGAAAUUACAUUGCAUCUAUGUAUAUACGAAAGAGAAAAGACAACUGUAUUACAUGAUUUCAUAUCCAUUUAAAAUUCUCAGUUGCUGUCUAUCACAACUCAAAGUUCAGGCUGGUUCUUUUUGAUCUGAGGCUGAUGCUUAUUAACAAAUAUUUUGGGGGGUUAGGAGAAAGGAGGAAGGGGGAAUGGAAGAAAAUGCCAGACAGAAGCAGCAAAUGGUUGCUGUAAGAGGAAUUCUUUUUUCUUAAUGUAGAAAGCUAUCUGAAAUAGAUGAAAUUAAAGGAUUUAAUCUGGGCUUGAAAGUCUGACACAGUCGGCCGCUCUCACACGUGUGCCACAUCAUCCUGCUGACGACCCAGUGUUAUUCACAGACAGACUUUGGUUUCAGUGAUUCUAAAAUGCCAGUCAAUUCCUCUGUGGACUAGAAUAAUUGGCACAUUUUAAUGCACAAGCUGGGGUUUCAUUUUCCCAGACUCCUUCUCUCUCCCUGCCACGGUAGCUAGGAGCGCAUUCCUUCACCCCAGCAAGGAGUUCAGAAUCCAGUGUUUUCCAUUACAUUUAGAUUCCUAGAAUCUGAAUGGCUGAUUAAAUGGCCAUCUGAUGGCUGAAAGGGGGGGUAUUUUUCACCCUGUAUUGAAAGGCUUGGAGGAGUUUCUAGUUUUUAUUUUCAUUAUACUUUAACCAAAGAAUUAUUUUAAAGUAACCUUAUAUUUGAAAGAUGAUUUUGCAAAAAAUAAAAUAAAAAUAAAAAAUAUCUUCUGGAGUGAUGUCAGUUUGGUAAAUCACUGUUGGUAAUUUUCUUGCAUUUUAGGCUGAUGUGGUCGUUUUCCUGUCAGUCAGUAAUCUGAAAUGCAUAUAGAUUGUCAUCCAGUUGUGCUUAAUAUUAUCGUAAAUGUAUCUUUUCCACUCAACUAGCUGUGUUCAUAUUAAACCAAGUCUCUUAUUUCAGUCACCUUCUGUCAUCGGGACUAAUUGAAAAACCACAGUCAGAGAAGUUCCUAUCUCGUUGCCUUUGUAGAAAGGCGGCCCUAUGUGAUCAACGGGGAGGCAUUCCACGUAACCUAGGCACUCGGCAACUCCAGUGUUUAAUUUGAAAGCAGUGAUGAAUUGCUCUUUUGAAUGUACUCCUAAGUCACGCGUGUGUCAGAAUACAGAUGAACCCCUUUAAUUUUCGUAGGCACAGUCACAGCCGCGCUGUGUCUGCACCGACUCCACAGAUAAUGCGGCUCAGGGUUAUUUGCAUUUAAAUUGUAGUCCUGCAUACGUGUGAGUGCUCGGAGAUGCGGUGGGGCUGCCUCCCCAGGAGGGAUGUGAGCUGCAGAGGAGGGUGGGGAAAGAGCCAUUUAAUGUCCGUACGAUUUAGCUUAAUGUUCACUUUACAAAGGUGAUGUGGGGUAUUUUGUUAGUGAUGGCAGAUGCUUUUCAUGUUUAAACUUGGGAUUAAAAUUGGAUCUGCUUCUUUAACACUUCAACAUAUUGAAUUUUCCUAGGGAAGUGACUGGCUAUAACAAAACUUUAAGGGAAGGGAGGAAAAACUGCCUCUGUGCAGAGGAAAUAACUCGGUUUUUAAAUACAUAUAAUAUUUUGUUCAGUGUAUGUAGGCUUAAAAUUAUGAUGGAUAGUCAAACUUAAUAUAUAAUCAGUUCUUAGAAUGGUUUUAUACUGAACCAUUUAGCUGCCAUUACUCACACAGAAAUUUGAAUUUUACAAUUGCUCAACUAUUCUUGGACUCUGUACAGGAUACGUAUAUAUACAUAUGCAUAUAUGUAUGUAUGUAUAAUGGGAAAGGUGCUGGUGCUUCCUUUGCUUACCACCCAAGACGGGAACAGCACCCUGAAGCAUUUUGGUUACGCACAGACCUAUUCUAAACCUGCUGUUAGGGGAGGUGUGUUGGUUUCUUUCUCUUUUAUAAGGCUAUGGUAUCAUUAAUUUUCUGUGUGAUUCAGGUGUAUUUAUUUGUGACAAGGCUUUGUAAUUAUAAAAAAGGGAACCCACGCCUGACUGUAAGGCCAGCUCCCUUGUAAACCACCUGUGGCGUCUCGCUUCCUGGUCGCGUGCUCUCCUCUCCUCCACACAGCUCUGGCAUCAUUGUAAUUAGUUCAUCCAUUCCAUUAGCAUCUCCAUUUAAGUGGUUCCCAGAUGAUUUAAUAAAGAGAAACUGUGUCCUCA